GGACAGCGGCGCCCAGGACGCGGGUGCCGGGAGCUCAGAGGCGGGUUCAAACUUCUGCUGAAUCACAACCAUUCACCGCUGAGCUAUGACAAGAGAGGAAACAAAGAGUUAAAGGAGCAAGCCUGCCAUAAGUGAGAAGCAAAGUUACUUGAUAACAUGCUUUUGCGAAGUUCAGGAAAAUUAAAUGUGGGCACCAAGAAAGAGGAUGGUGAGAGUACAGCCCCCACCCCUCGUCCAAAGAUCUUGCGUUGCAAAUGCCACCACCAUUGUCCAGAAGACUCAGUCAACAAUAUUUGCAGCACAGAUGGAUACUGUUUCACAAUGAUAGAAGAAGAUGAUUCUGGGAUGCCUGUGGUCACUUCUGGAUGCCUAGGGCUAGAAGGCUCGGACUUCCAGUGCCGGGACACCCCCAUUCCUCAUCAGAGAAGAUCCAUUGAGUGCUGCACGGAGCAGAACGAGUGUAAUAAAGACCUGCACCCUACGCUACCUCCACUGAAAAGUAGAGAUUUUGUUGACGGACCUAUACACCACAAGGCCUUACUUAUAUCUGUAACUGUCUGUAGUUUGCUCUUGGUCCUUAUUAUUUUAUUCUGUUACUUCAGGUAUAAAAGACAAGAAACCAGGCCUCGGUACAGCAUCGGCUUAGAGCAGGACGAAACAUACAUUCCUCCUGGAGAAUCCCUGCGAGACUUAAUUGAGCAGUCUCAGAGCUCAGGAAGUGGAUCAGGCCUCCCUCUGCUGGUCCAGAGGACUAUAGCUAAGCAGAUUCAGAUGGUGAAACAGAUUGGAAAAGGUCGCUAUGGGGAAGUUUGGAUGGGAAAGUGGCGUGGCGAAAAGGUAGCUGUGAAAGUGUUCUUCACCACAGAGGAGGCCAGCUGGUUCCGAGAGACAGAAAUAUAUCAGACGGUGUUGAUGAGGCAUGAGAACAUUCUGGGGUUCAUUGCUGCAGAUAUCAAAGGGACGGGGUCUUGGACCCAGCUGUACCUCAUUACAGACUACCACGAAAACGGCUCCCUCUAUGACUACCUCACGUCCGCCACGCUGGACGCGGGAUCCACGCUGAAGCUGGCCUACUCCGCGGCCAGCGGCUUAUGCCAUUUGCACACGGAGAUCUUCAGCACUCAAGGCAAACCAGCAAUCGCCCACCGCGAUCUGAAAAGCAAGAACAUCCUGGUGAAGAAAAACGGAACGUGCUGUAUCGCUGACCUGGGCCUGGCUGUCAAAUUUAUUAGUGAUACCAAUGAAGUUGACAUACCACCCAACACCCGAGUUGGCACCAAACGCUAUAUGCCUCCAGAAGUGCUGGACGAGAGCUUAAAUAGAAAUCACUUUCAAUCUUACAUUAUGGCCGACAUGUACAGUUUUGGACUCAUCCUCUGGGAGGUCGCUAGGAGAUGUGUAUCAGGAGGUAUCGUGGAAGAAUACCAGCUGCCCUAUCAUGAUCUAGUGCCCAGUGACCCCUCUUACGAGGACAUGAGAGAGAUCGUGUGCAUCAAGAAGCUGCGUCCCUCAUUCCCCAACCGGUGGAGUAGUGAUGAGUGUCUGAGGCAGAUGGGAAAGCUCAUGAUGGAAUGCUGGGCUCACAACCCCGCAUCACGGCUGACUGCGCUGCGCGUCAAGAAAACGCUAGCCAAAAUGUCAGAGUCCCAGGACAUUAAACUCUGAUUUGAGGGCAGGAAACAAGCAUCUCUGGAGAAAGCCAGUAGAUACUCCUCUGUUUGUGGGCAGAGCAAACGAUGUUCCAGAAGCCUCCACAGUACAAGCCUUGAACAUCAUCCUGCUUCCCAGUGGGUCCACCGUCACCUCCCAGGGAGCAGCCCGGACAAAGAGAAGUUCCCAGUAACGCGUUCUCGUCAUGUCUUUCUGUGGGAGGGAGAGACCGCUUGGGUAACUUGGUCAAGAUACGAUGCCUGUUGCUUUCUGAGAAAGCCCUGUAUUUUGGGAUUGCCUUUUUUUUUCCCCCUCAAAAGACGCUUUAAUUUUGCCAAAAUAGAACAAAUAAUGUAGAUGUUUUAAGGUGUAUACUGUUAUAGUUUAAAUAAUAACAGAAGGUCUUCCCAGCGAUUCUGCUGGAAGGUAAAUUUGAAAUACCUUUUCCGAUGACUAUAAUUGUGCUGCACUCCGCAAACCAAGAGACAGACUGCGAAGCUGGAGAACCCAGAGCGGAACUCAUCUGAAACCUCCCCGCCUCUGCCUCCUCAGACCACUCUGGCCAGCCCCGAAUUCAGGGGCCGCCGCGGCAGUGUGAAUGCAUCUGGGUACACACGCCACCUGUCUGGGACCACAUCUGGGGACUCCUGCGGGUGACCCUUUGUAGCUUCAGACAAUAUGGAACAAAUGAAGGUUUGAUGUGACUGUUAAAAGUCGUAGGUGUUGAUGCUGUUCUUCAGAACCAUUUUAUGUUUCUGAUUCUUUUGAGGCAUUUCGGUCAUAGUAAAAUCCUUUCCUUUUCAUUGAACACAAACAAAGGUGUUUUUAGGUGCAGAGAGCUGAGCCAUGUAUGGUUUUGAUCUCUCAAAUGAAAGGAUCAAUAUUAAAUACAAUUGCCAUCAGUUGUGUUAUAAGCAAGCCUCUUUUAAAAGAGAAUUUGCUCCUGUGUUGUAAGAAAAAUAUGGCCGUGAGGCAGAAGAUGGGGGCUGGGGGCACAAAUGGUUUGCUUCUUAUCUGUGCAGGAGAGCCCGCCUCAGAAGCCCAAGGGGGAGUGUGCUUACCUUGCUUUGUAUAUAGAUAAAGACAGUUUCUUUUGGUUAUUGUCUGUCUCUUUUGUGUCUGAGUGAAGGGAAGGAGAGAAAGCA